UCCACAUAUUUAUAAUAAGGAUAUUGCGUAUCUUCUCUCGUGGAAUAUUCGAUAACACGUAUUUAAACACGUAACUUAAGAUAAUAGUAUAGUCACCUCACGUAAGCACCCGGAUCGGUUUAAAUUGAUUCUAUAGUAAACAUCAAAGCAGUAAGCAAUAAAAUGUGAAUAUAAUCAUUUAAUAAAUGUUUAACUUUGGUCCAUGCCCUUUCACAAAGUGGAUCAGCCUCGUCAUAUUUACAUCAGCUAUUUUUAAUGUACUUUUCUAUGGAAAAAAAAAUGUCUAAAUGUUUUAGAAGUUUUGUGUGUACGUGCAUGCGUGCGUGUGUGUGCGUGCGUGUGUGUGCGUGCGUGUGUGUGCGUGCUUGUGUGUGUGCGUGUAUGUGUGCGUGUGUGUGCGCGUGUAUGUGUGCUGUGUGCGUGUGUGUUGUGCGUGUGUGCGCGUGUAUGUGUGUGUGUUUAUGUGUUGCAUUUUAUGUCAAUUAGAGACCGACCGAAUUUCAGUUUCGGUGCCGAAACAGAUAAAAUAAUUUUCGGUUUCGGCAGAGAGUGAAUGAAGUCAGACUAUAUGUCUCUAGGCCGGCAAUUCGAUUCUCAUUAUUGCUCGACGUUUUGCUGCCAUCGUAUAUGACUAAUCAUGUUCGAAAACUGCUCCUGGCUGCAUGAUGGACCCUUCUUGCCUUCCAUUUCAAAUUUUUUUUCCAACUAGGCCAAAGCACGUGUAAAUAUUUUUUGGGGGGAAAAAACUACGAGAAUGGUAAUAUUUAUUAUUGUUUUUGUUUAAAUUUCAUUCAUUUGUGAUAUUCAUUUUGAUCUAUCAUUAUAAUGCUCACAAAUGUUGACGUAGGCAAAAAUGAGUUAUAUUAAAUAAUCCUAUAGAAUGGUAUAUUUCCAUUAUCAUUAUAUUUUUUAAUGUAAAAAUUGGUUAAAAUAUUCAAUUCAUUCAUUUCUUGAAAUUCUUCAUUAUCAUCCCGAUGAACAUGGCUCGUGACGAAAUAAGGCACGUGUGAAUGUAUUAUGGUUCUUAUAAUAAUUGUGUAGUAGGCCUACUGAAAACCUGUUUAUUUUUAUGAUUUUGGUGUUCAGAGUACGAUUUUGAGAUGUCUUUUCGCGAUUCUCCGCUUAGACACGUUAGAGCUACGAUUUUCAGAGCCCCGGUAUUUAACUGAACGAAAUAACUAUGUCACGAGGCGACACGGAAAGACUAGUGGGUUAGUACUUGGAUAAAUUUCACUACAGGGAUAUCUUGCGAGCUAUGUUUUAAAACACAAAGCGUAGUACAACGAUAACCGCGAAACUUUGGGGUGAGGCUUAAUAACAGAUUUUGAGUUGAGAAUUGUGGUCAAGGCAUGCGUCUGUCAUCUGCGGGCCCUGUGUCAGCUGCGUCCUCAACCCAAUAGGAGAACAGCCAAUGCUGUAUCGGUAACUCUAAUCCAGUCAAGAUUAGAUUACUGUAAUAGUUGUUUGUGGGGUUUACCUCAGAACCAAAUUCAAAGACUCCAAAAGAUACAAAAUACUGCAGCACGCAUUGUAUCGCGGAUGAAAAGAUCUGACCAGGUUACCCCAGUUCUAUGAGAUCUCCAUUGGGUUCCUGUGAGUGAGCGCACUAAUUACAAAAUUCUGUCCCUGUCGUACAGCUGCAAAGAUGGCUCAGCACCGGAAUAUUUAUUAAAAAAAUGAUUUAUAAACAUGUAUCCUUAAAGAACCUGCGGUCUUCAACACAGUCCUUACUGAAAAUUCCCAGUGUGGAUGAACAUAGAAAAAAAAAUCGUACGGAGUGCGCUCUUUUGAAGCGAUAGCGCCAAAAUUAUGGAACAGUUUGCCCCAAUCGUUUAAGGGAGUUGUAAAUGCUAAAAAAUAAUUUAAGAAACAAUUAAAAACUUUUUGUUUAAAUAGAAUUCUAAGGACCAGAGUGCAGUGAGCAUGGUAAAAUGGCACGGAUACCAGCGCGAUAUAAAUAUCAAAAUCAAUCAAUCAAUUAAUUGGCUCUAUCAGAGACUGCCAGGGUCAUUAUUGUAGAUAUAUGCCUACGUAGAGUUGGCACCCAAAGGUCUAUUUUGUAUGAAUGUGCCUCCCACCCAGGAAAAAUCAGGGUUUCUUUCAGCUAUCUCUUGGGGGGGGGGGGAGAGGCACUUCCCCCUGGGGAAAGUCAAGUGCCCCCCUUCCGGGGCAAAAUAUGUACAAAAACAAAACAAAAUAUAUUUGAUAAAACCUACCAAAUUUUCAUAUUUUAAACAAUUUUAAAAAGAAUAUUAGCUGGUGUCGUUAACUGAUUAAAGUUAGUGGAAUCUAUGAAAUAUCGAUAAGCUCGAUAUAUUUGAUGAGACGUAUAGUUAAGGCUAAUCUUCUUAGAAGCUUACGUUAUCCGAUUAUAAAUAUCGCAAUGUUUCGAAAAUUUCACGAUAUGAGCCGAAGAAUUAUUUCCCGUUCGAAAUUUUCUGUAUUUUGUAUUUAUUAUUUUUGUAAACUCACAACUUUAAAUACUUUUAAUAACAUUUUAUUAAACUACGUUUGCUUCAGUUUUAAGAUCUAUAAUGUUAAUAGAGUUCUCACUAAGUAUCAAACAUGAGCAAUCUUUUUUUUUAAUGUUUUUAAAUAUUUGAUAAUAAAAGCAUGACUUUUUAUAGUAGAGAAUGAGGUUAAUUACAAAUUGAAAGAUGGUAUCAUCCUGGAAAAAAUAUAAUUAUUGUUAGCAUCAGUUUUUCUUUCAACUAUCUCUCCGGAAGGGCACUGCCCACCCCCCCCCCCCAACCGGAGCACAAUGUGUACAUCAAUAUAUCAAAAAUGUAUUUUUAAAAAUUAAAAAUGACACUUGUAUAGUAACUGUAACUUUAAACAGAUUACAAUUAGUGGAAUCUAUAAAAAGUUCGCUAGAUUCGAUAUAUUUGAUGAUCCGUAUAUUUAAGGCUAAUCAAGUUAUAGUAAUCAGUUAUUAAAAAAAUCGUACUGACCGCUCCAGUCUUGCUUCCUGGUGUUCGCAUAUUUGCAUUUAUUUAUUUUAGCACAAGUUUAAAGACUUUAGUGACAUUGUAUUAUAAUGCAUUUACAUACCUAUAAAGCUCUACAAUUUUAAUAAUAGUUAGUCAAGUAUUAAACAUGUGCAAUCUGUUUUCAAACGUUAGUUCAUCUCAAAAGCAUGACUAAAAAAAUUAGGCGUCAUGCUUUUUGUUUCUAAUUUUGGAAUUUAAAGGACGCAAACUGCACGUUUCAUAAAUUGUGAUUAAAUCAAAAGUGUCUUUUUUUUUCCUUUAACGUGCUGCCUUUGCUACAAAGUUUCCCCAAUAACAGAUUUUUGUUUGUUUUUUUUUUUUUUUUUUUUUUUUUUUUUAAUAUUUUCCCCUUUUUUUUUUUAAUUAAUUUUUUUUUUUUUUUUUUUUUUUUUGUUUUUUUUUUUAAAUACUUACCCCAUAUUUAUUAUAAUUAACUGCUUUUCUUUUUUCAAUAUCAGAAUAACAAACAAACUGCCCCACCCAUAGACAUUGGGCUCAUUUUAUAUGAUUAAUUUUAUUUUAGAUGAGAAUCCAGUAGCAAGCUAAUCAUUUAUUUUUUGUGAACUAGAAUUAAGUUAUCAUGCCAGUUUCAUUUUUUGGUACGUGUUUAACAAAAAAAAAUCUAAAAAAUAGAUUCUUUGGAUUUAGAUGAAAACAUUUUAAAGUAUAGCGAAUAGGCAAUUUAAGAAAGUUAAAGUAGUUUGAAACUCCCCCAAAAAGUUUUCAAUCUACUGAAUAUUGGUAAAUUUACACUUCAUUUGUAUACAAAUUUACCUAAGAUAAAAAUCAUACAUUAAUAAAUAUAAUGUCUUCUGUAAACAACUCAUGUCUUCUUAAAAUUGUUUUGCCGUUCAUAUGAAAUUUAUUAAAAUGUCCAGUUUUCAAAACCCAUAAAAAUGUAUAGACCUUCUAAUAAACCUGUUGUUUUUUUUUUUUUUGUUUUUUUUUUUUGGAAAAGGGGGGGGGGGGGUUUUUUUUUUUUUUUUUUUUUUUUUUUUUGGAAAAGGGGGGGGGGUUGUUGUUGUUUAUUUUAUUCUGGUAAAAUUAGGAAAUAUUUAGAAAAGGUACUCUAAGCAUUAUUAUUUUAAGUAAUUUUGGUUUUUUUCCACUUGCGUUCAUCAUAUAAAUUUUUUUUUUUUUUUUUUUUUUUUUUUUUUUGAAAAGGGGGAGGGUGUUGUUGUUGUUUAUUUUAUUCUGGUAAAAUUAGGAAAUAUUUAGAAAAGGUACUCUAAGCAUUAUUAUUUUAAGUAAUUUUGGUUUUUUUCCACUUGCGUUCAUCAUAUAAAAUAAUGUUUGCAUUGCUUUUUAGUGAUGGAACCCUUUUAAAUUAAUUUUUUUUGGCAAUUCAUUUAUUAAUUAAGUAGCUAUCCCUAAAUAUAACGUAAAUAUAAAAUAAAAGCCGUAUUACUAGUUUUAAUUAAAUAAUUGUUUUAAAAUAUUAAUAUUAUUAUUAUUAUUAUUUGCAUAACCCAAGCAGGUCAAGCAAGUUCCAUUUUGCCAACCCUGCUUGGAAAGAUGAUAAUAAAGAAAAUAUCCUGAUCACAUCUUUAAGCCCCUAAAAUAGCCGAGGCACCCUGCAGUCGUAAGGGUUGCUGGGCGCACACGACUGCUCUAAGGUCAAGGUACACCUACAUUUUUUAAUUCGGAUCUCUUGCAUUUCUCUCCAAUUAAGUGUAGAAUGUUGCAAAACUAAUUUAAGAUAUGUGAAAAAAUGUAUUCUUGUAUUUUGAAUUGAUCAAAAAUUUUCUGGGGAUUAUAAUGAUUUAAGGGGCGAGAAUAAUCUAGGGCAAAAGUGUACCCUCAAGGGUGACAUAACUAGAGUGAAUAUAGUUAGCGUCCCGCUGGUGCGGAAUUUAAGAUGUCUUUGGUCAUUAGUACGGCUAAUUCUGCCAUUUCCCACCCGGACGUUUGAAAAAAAGAUAGAUAGACAGCCUAGGGCGUAGCUACUGUUAAUGCUGUCAUGAGCGGCCAAAUAGUUGUGCCAUCCUCCCUUUCAUGAUUCAAAUUGUGCAGUUGUCCAAAAAAUGCCACAUCACCAUAUAAAGAAAAAUUGACUCCUGGGUGAACCACUCCAUCCGCCCUAUUUUGACGCAGUGGCGUAUCUCCGGUGUUUGGCGUCAGGGGAUAAAUUUCAUUUUUCGCCCCCCUCCAAUUCUGAAACCCAUUAUUUUCAACCAAUUAAUUCCAUCAAAGCCCAUUUUGCACCCCCCUGCAAGUCUGGCGCCCCUGAACGUAUGUCCUAUUUACCACCCCUUAGCUUUGGCCACUGGCAACUGGCACAGCCACCCACCCCCUGAUAAUCUGAAGUGCCCCCCAGGGUAAAAUGCUGAAAGAAACAUUGGUGAAAAUGUUCACUUCCCAGAUCACUUAUAAUUUUUGAAAUACAUUUUUAACAAAUUUAAAUUAAUUUUUAAUUAAAAUGGUAGAAGCAAAAGCAUCCAUUAGAUCAGCGGUUCUCAACCUGUGGGUAACAAAUUUCAUUAUGAUUGGAGAAAAAUUUGUUACGAAACUGAGUGCGAUUUCCUUAUCGAACGACACUGUCCGAAUAAAAAUAGAUGCCAUGUAUGUUGAUAUUCUUGAUCAGGUAAUCAAGGAAAUAAAAUUUGCGCCACUUCCAAUGUUGGUAUCCAGCUUGUUGAAUCUACAGAAGUUGCAAACUGUUCACAGAUAAGAGUUUACGUGAAGUAUACUAAUGAUGGUGACUUUAAAGAUGAGUUUCUUUUUUGCAAACCUUUUGGAACGACAACUACUGCACGUGAUGUAUUUGACACAGUUGGUGUAUUUCUGAAAGAUCAUAUGAUCUCAUGGGAAAGGUGUUGUGGUGUUAGCACAUAUAGUGCUAUAGCUGUACUAGGAUGUCUACCAUAAGAUCUCUUGGGAAACGUCUUGUACAGAUGUAUACUAGGAUGUUUAUCUGGAUUCAACAUUUGGUUCUGAAUGAGUCACCAAAGUCAUUGGAACUCACAGCAUGAUUCAUCAGCAAAUAUUAGCAACGAAGACGCUGCCACAAGAGUUACAAGAAGCAACGAAAAGCGUCAUAAGGACUGUCAUAAGUUCUAUCAAUUGUGUAAAGACGAACACUUUAAACAGUCGACUGUUUUAGCAACUGUGCAACGAGUUGAUGUGCCGAACAAUGCUCUGCUAUUUCACACUGAAGUGAGAUGGUUGUCGAGAGGAAAAGAUUUUAAACGUGUUUUUGAGCUUCGUGAUGAACUCACAUUUUUUUUAAAAAAUCAGAAAGCAAGACUGCAGUUCGAAGCAGUUUUUAGUGAUAAAAGGGAAUUUCAGAAUAUAGCUUUCUCGGUUGACAUCUUUGCCAUCUUGAAUGAGUUAAAUUUAUCACUGCAAGGAUCAAACGCAACAUGCCUCGAUUUGUCUGAAAAGAUGCGAUCAUUCAAAUGUUAAUUUCAGCUUUGACAACAACAAAAAAGUGGAUGAAAAUAAAAUUUACAUGUUGCCUAACUCAUCUGGUUUCUUUGAGAAACAUGACAUUGAACCAGGCAAAGGGAUUACGAUGAUAAAUUCUGUGAAGGAACACUUUCAUUUGCUUGGAGACGAAAUUUCAUCGUACUUUCCAAAUCAUUCUGACACCCCAUUUGCACUUGCCAGAAGUCCAUUCACAGUCAAAGUUGAAGAUGUUCCUGAGUCGAUACAAGAGGAGUUCAUUGAAAUUAUUAACAGCGAUGCAGCGAGAACUGAUUUCUCUACAAUGCCAGUUACAAAAUUCUGAAUCAAGUGUUUCCAGUCUUAUCCUGUUCUGUCUAAGACUGUAUUGAGCCCUCUACUUCCAUUUCCAACAACAUAUCUUUGUGAAACAGGGUUUUCCAGCUUGUUGGUAAUCAAGUCUAAAUACAGACGUAGACUUGUUGUGUUGUGGAAGAUCAUCUUCGUUGUGCUCUUGCAAAGACUGCUCCGAGCAUUUCUGAUCUGGUAAGAGAGAAAAAAUCUCAACCUUCGAACUGACGUUGGCUUUUUACGCAUACUGUUGCAAAAUGUAGCAAAGUAAUUUACUGUUGUUAAAAUAAGACUGUUACCCAAGCUACAUCAUGCUUCAAGGCCAAAUUUCAUUUAUUUGAAAUAAGAAAUAAAUAUUUCACAAUAUAUAAUUACCUAUUGAUUUUGUGAUUACUCACUAUGCUUUAAUUAUGUUAAAUUUGUCACAAUGAAAAUACAUCCUGCAUAUCAGAUAUUUACAUUACGAUUCAUAACAGAAUCAAAAUUACAGCUAUGAAGUAGCAAAGAAAAUAAUUUUAUGUUUGGGGGUCGCCACGACAUGAGGAGCUGUAUAAAGGGGUCGUGGCGUUAGAAAGGUUGAGAACCACUGCAUUAGAUGUUUAUUUAUUAAUAUCCACGAUGAUCUCAUUUUUUUAAAAGAAUGUAAAUAUUGAUAUUUUCCCACAUAAUUUUUCGAUGUAUUCAGAAUGUAUGCGUGAGCGAAUUUCAAAAUGUCUAAAUCUCUCGGUUUCGGCCGAAAGUCUUGUUAAGCUUUUGGUUUCGCCUUCGGUUUUGGCCUAAAGUCUGGUGAAGAUUUUGGUUUUAGCUUCGUUUUCGCCAGAAAGUCAACUAACUUUCGAUCUGGUUCCGGUUUCGGCCGAAAUCAAAAAAUCACUUUCGGUCGGUCUAUAAUGUCAAGCAAUUACGAAACAGAGAGUUCAUCAUCCAACUCUGUCAUGGAAUUUUCCCUCGGGGUCUAUUGCAACAUUGCGUAAGGGCUUCACCAAGCCCCACCCCACAACCCCCACCCGAAAACCGCUUAGAUAAAUACCUCAAAGACUAACUUAUGUAACUAUAACAGUGUAUCUUAGCCGAAACAAAACGUGAAAGGACACAUUUAAGACGGCAGGGUUUUUGGGCCGGGAUUUUGACUUUUAUUCAGGCUGGAGUCUCCUCGGGAUUGUGAAUUUACCGGAGUAAAUCUGCUAGAAGUCAAGUAAGAGACAGGUGAGGUCAAUGUGGAGGAGCUGCUCUCUGAAAUGAUAAUAAGUGGAGGGACUGCAAUCAGGUUAGCAAAAUAGGAAAUGAGUGAAACAAAGUAAGGUCAAGCCUGAAAAAAUGAACGCAACAAAACAACAAACGUGUCGGGAGGAAGCCUUCGUCAGCGAAAAAACAGAAUAUUUUUUUUUAAAAUAGCAUAUAUAUUUAUUUAUUUAUUUAUUCAUUUAUUUAUUUAUUUAUUUAUUUAUACGUUUAUUUUUUGAUAAUUGUAGAAUAAAAUGUAGUUCAUGUAAGCAGAUUCUUGACUUAGAUCUAGUCGUAGUAGAUACUAGUAGAGUAGCAACGCCUUUCCUUGCAUGAGGCACAGCAGUUUGAGUACGCUUUUCUGGUUAAAAUAAUAAGAGUGUUGCCUCAUACUAUUUAGUGGAGUUUAAAUAAAAAUUAAUAGUAAUCAUUGGUGGCUGACAUCACAUGAUUUUGGUUAUAUGUCGACGCCGUAGGGCUAGAUUAAAUACUUUAGGGGUACUGGAAGGGACCCAAUGACAUAGCAAUUUAAAACAUACAGUACGGUCAGGCCUUGUUCAUUUUUAUUAAACUAUUGUAAUUUAGAUACAGGUUGACUUAUACUUACACCGGCUAAUAAAGAUCAAUACUCUAAGAGGUCGAGAUUCUAUCUCUUAGGAACUCGGCCAUGAAACAUGGCCUAGUAGUCCCUGGGGACUCCGGCCAUGCAACACGGUCUUGAGUAAAGGAAUUCUGGGCAGUUUGCUUCCAUUCAUGAGGGACAGUUUUGCGUCACAGCCCCCCUUGGCCAAUGAGUCUUGCGGUCUGGACGUUGGGUUGGAACGGCUUUGCUUCCUCUCCGGAGAUGGCGUUGCGUUGCCUCCCCAACCGCCCAGGGAGCCGUACGUUCCUUGGUGUGGCACGGCUUUACCUCCACUCCGGGAGUAGUCUCAAGCGCAACUUUCUCCCACCGUUCCUGAGAGUUGUGUGGACGUGGGUCAGAACGGCUUUGCUUUCUCUCCGGGGUGGUGUUGCGUUACCUCACCCCACCGUUCGGGGAGUGGUUCGGACAGGACUGUGUCGGGACGAAACGGUCGCCUAGGAGCGGCUUUCUCAGGGCCGCAUGUUUUUUAAUCCUCAGCAAGGAUUUUUAAAGAAAACCAAGCCUCAUAUCCUCAUAUAUCGGCGACACGUAAUCAUGUUAGCGCGCAACUUCUGUUGCGUGGGAAGUCAUGCGUUUGGCCGGGAUUUUUUAGCUUCAGGAGGAAACCUCCCUACUGGUCAGUCACGCCACGAAGAGACAAAAUCCCAUGUAACACCACCGAGCCAGUGAUGCUGAGCUCCGAUCUCAGUGCUCGGUCUCGGCCCGACGGACUUACACCGGCUAAGUUCGUCUGUCUGUUUAUUUUCUAUCGAAAAAAUUGGAUUGUUCUUCUUCAGUUUUUUUCCUCUACCCUGAAUGUUUCUGAUGGCAUUUGCAUGUAACCUACAUUACCCUAACCAAAGUCAUUGAUUAUUGUAUUUAUUUAAUAGUAUGGUUUUUACUGUUCUGGUGCAAAUUAUUUGCACAUGCCCCUCUUCAAGUGUCCUCAAGUAGAUAUAAAAAAACAAGGUGUUUAAAUUUAUUGGCACCAGGAAAUAGUGGUCUUGGGAAAGGGAGGGGGACAAACUCAAUGGGGAAAAUGUUGCCAUGUGUAUUUUCAUAGCACAGGUUCUCAAAACAUCGUUUUAUUUGGGCUCAACGGCUUAAAUUUUAACUUUUUUAAAAAAAUACUUGAAAUCAAAAUUACCUUUCAUCGUGUCUUAAAGUUUGAACACUGUCAAUAUCAUAAUGUUCUACUACAUAUCUCAGUGAGCGUGAAUUUAAAACGAUUCUUCAUUUGAAAAACGAAGCAAUAAAACAGAUUCAAUGUUGAGGAUGGCAUGACGUUGGCAUUGACAAAAAUUGAAAACCGAACUUUUGAAAUUUUUGAUAAGUAUAAAUUUCAAAAAAAGUAUUAAAUAUGUAUUACCGUUAAAUUAUAAUGGAAAAACUCUGUUUUCGAUCAGUUAACUUUUAACCUAUUUUAAAAAAAAAAAACGUUUUUAAACAGUUAUUGCUUUAAUGGAAAGGAAACCCGACUACAAGAAAAUUGUGAACCUUUCUUUUAGAGAUAUUAUGUGAGAUGGUGAUAACGAAAAUUCUUUUAAAGCAAUGAUCAAAUGAAAACUGUCAACUGAAAUAGUGUUAGAUACGUUUUGAUUUGUUACCCACACAAGAUAGUCAAACAAACAGAUUCAAAAUUAGAAACCAGCCAUGACUGCUUCAUAGCACCACACGCGCGUACGCACACGCGCGCACACACCACACACACACACACACACAUACACACAUACACACACACAUGCAUGUCACUGAAAUGAACAGGAUCGUGCAGGGCCGUGCCAGGAAACAGUCUGAUCCCAGUGCAGAGCCCAAAUCUGGCGCUCCCCGGACAGCGCCCCGAUCUGGCGUUCCAGCUACAGAUCGCCAAUUUAUUGAUUUUUUUAAAUCAACCAAACGAACGGGAACAAUCUCCCGAACCCGUGGCUUUUUUUUUUGUUUGGGGGGGAGGGUGGGGGUGGUUUGGCUCUUCGUAGUGCCAUAGUCUAAGGCUUAAAAACGUCGUUAUUAUGGUGAAAGUGUAGGGGUGAACAGGUCUAUGACAAUGUGAAUGUUAUAUGAAAAUUAUUUUAUUAUGUGUAGGGGAGGUAAUAACUUGAGCGAGGAAGGUAUUUUCUUUUUGGGAUAGACGCCUUAAAAUAAAAAAGUGACCUCAGAAUGACUAGUAUUUUCAGGAAACUCAUAAAUAAGAUUUCUUAAUUCAUUUUUUUUUCAUAUUAUUAAAUUACAUUUUAAAAUAAAAACAACAUCUUUUCUAAAUAAUUAUCUAAAUAACUACUAAAAUCACUUAACAAAAAAGAAAGGGAAAUACUAUAUUUAAAAAUUCUUUAUGUUGCAAGACAUUUGCUUCUGCCAAGUGGACAACAUGCUAACUUGCUGAUUUAAACAGUUCCUCAUUUAAUAUGAUAUUACAGUGGGGGUUUUUUUUACGUUCAACUAAAGUUAUUGUCAUGUACACCAAAAGAAUAACGCGUAGUGGCUAAACAUAUGACACAAUAUGUCAGAAUAAGCAACAGUAGAGCCAUUGUUGUUAUCUUUUAGUUUGACGCCAUGCAGGCGAGGCCAAUGUAUUCGAAUAUCUUUUGGUUUGCACAUAAAGUUACAUUACUGAUGGCGCUGAUUCUCGGAACAGGACAGAGCUAAAACUAAGAUUCGUGACACACCUUAGUCGAACAACAACUUUAUCCUUUCAAGAUUUGCUUGAAUUCUGUUUACCAAAGUAACACUUUUUUGGGGUAAAAAUAUAUGAAUCGUAAGUGAAAUAGAAAUAAAUUUAAAGAACUUUCGUUGAACAGAAAUUCGUUGAACAAUAGAGUGUUUGUAUUGUAAAAAAAAAAUUAAAACUUUGUUUCGUUGUUGUUGUUGAUUUUCUUUUAAAACUAGGCAUGAAAUCAGUGGAGGUGCAAAUACUCCCCUUUCUUACCUUCCAUGGAUGCUGUAAAUGUAUAUUUUAUGUAACAGAUAGGUUAUUAUUUAGUGUGCCAACUACUUUGCUGCAGCUAAUGCAUCACCCAGUCUGGUUCUGCUUCAGGGAAUCAUGGCGUUGCUGCAGAUCGCUGAGACGACACAUCUGAACAACUGCUCAUCCACAAGAUGUGCUGCCCAAUCCUUACAAAUAACAGACAAUGAGUCAGAGUUGGUAGUUAAACGUCUGGAGGCAAAAGGAUUUUCCCUUACCAUUGCAUAUGUUGUAUGCCUGAGGUUUGAAGAAACUUCUCAAAUAUCUUCCAAUGUUUUCACAAAAAAAAAAACUUCUAAGGUCAAGCUACUGUCACGUGUUCCUAAAAUAAUUCUCAGUGUAAUCGUAUUUAUCCUUGAAUUUUUUUUAUAAUAGACCGUGGCAGUGGUGUAACUAGGGGUAGUCCCGCCCGGGGGAGCCAAUCCUUUUGUUUUCCCCUUGUACUAAAAAAAACUUUUCUAUUAGCAAAAGAUGCCGCCCCCUCCACAUAAAACGUGCACUCUCCCAAACCCCCUCCCCCCUCCCCCACCCCCCACCCCCGUUCCUACGCACCUGGAAAGUAGAAUUAUUGAGGGAUGUAACAAUCGUGACAGGAAAAAAAUGCAAUAGGCGUAUUUUGUAUGUCGAUAACAGUAUAUCUUUAAAGCCAUCCAUCUUAUCUAUAAUUGGAGAUCAUAUGUAUGUUUUAUUUUUCAUAAAAAAAUAUGCAAUAACUUCGACCACAUUCUUUUUUUUUUUUUUUUUAUUUAAACGCGACAAAAAAUGUGGCAUCGUAGUCAUUAGGGAUUACGUUUCUUUUAAAUUUAAAAAAAUUCAGAAAAAAGAAUUAAAGGUUUCUGAAAAUAAAUUAUAAAAUACUUGUUUCACCAGUAAUGAUUAUGGUAUAUCUGUAAUUCAAUGGCAGAGGGUUUCAUCAUUAUUUGACAAAUAUAGUUCUUAGACGUUUCAGCCUUAAGCGUCAGUUUUUGUUGUUGUUUUAACAAGACACAAAAACUAACGCCGCCAAUGUAAUAACAGUUGUAUUCUCUCUUCAUCAGGUGUGACCAGGUGACGUCAUACGACGAAUUAAGAUUUCUACGUGAACCCUUCCACAGCGACGAGUGUCCAAGCAUGGCCGCAAAUUAUACCGACUGCCCGAUGUUUAUACGGGAUAUAAGGUGAUUACAAAUCCUCGGUCAUUGUUCCUAAUUUGUCUUUUGGGAACAAAAUGUGUAUCACACUGAAUGAGCAAGCUCAAUCAAUUUUUUAGUCCCAGACAGGGCCAUCUCCCCCCCCCCCCCACCCCCCCCCCCCCCAAACUGGGUGGGGGAUGCGAAGAAAUUCCCCCCCCCCCCACUCCCCUUGACUUUGGUCAAUUCUCGCAUUUCCUUAUGGGUGAAUAAGGUAUGAAUAUUAGUAAUGCAAAAAUUUUCAGUUAAAAAAUUGUUAGAACAUUUUUUUAGUAUUCAUUAUAGAUAUUGAUAGCAAACGCUAACAAUUUCGCUAAUAGCUUCAUACCGCUUAACAUUUUUAAACAAGUCAAAUUAUCAAAUCCAGAUUUUAUUCAAAAUAUGGACUUUAAUAAGCGUCUUACUUUUUUGCCUGAUUCUUAUUUUUUUUUUAAUGAGUUGCCCAAGCGUGACGUAAUGGUCGUGUGGUCAUCAAUCGCCGGCUAAGACAUUCUUUUUUCCUUUUUUUUUUUAAAUUUGUAACUCUCAAUUUGUGUUCCUAUUCCUUAUUUUAAAUUUUUUUAUCUGGAGACAAUCAAAACCCAGCAAGGAAAGGGUGUUUUUUCACCCCCCCCCCCCCACUCCUUUUAAAUCAGAUUGAAAGCAACUGCUUCCCCACUGCGUAGACGCGCCUGAUCACAGAAAAAGAUUCUACAAUGGAAACAAUAUUUAAAGAAAAUAUUAUCCCUUUGCUAUUUAACAUUCAAUUCCAAUUAUUUUACAACAUGUGUUUAGUUAGCAUCAGUCCCGUUACACAAAAACUAAAAUAAAUUUCUAAUUCCAUUUUCCAUUCUUAAAAACUGGGAGAUAGGGCAAACCGGAAGUGGCGAUCUUGUUUAGAUACCCCCACAAACCCUCUCCACACUCGUCCAUUCCAAACUCAAGCCAGCCCCUCCCCCGACCACAAUAUCUCCCAUGCCCUGCUCCCACGACCACAAUAUCUCCCAUGCCCUGCUCCCCCGACCACAAAAUCUCCCAUGCCCUGCUCCCACGACCACAACAUCUCCCUUGCCCUGCUCCCACGACCACAACAUCUCCCGUGCCCUGCUCCCACGACCACAACACCUCCCUCGCCCUGCUCCCACGACCACAACACCGCCCACCCCCGACCACAACAUCUCCCCUGCCCUGCUCCCACGACCACAACAUCUCCCCUGCCCUGCUCCCACGACGACAACAUCUCCCGUGCCCUGCUCCCACGACCACAACAUCUCCCGUGCCCUGCUCCCACGACCACAACAUCUCCCGUGCCCUGCCUACUGCCACGACCUACUGCCAGCUUAUCUCACAGCCCACCUUGAAAACGUUUCCCGAUAAAGAUACCCACCCUUCGUGUUUGUGCUGUUCAUUUGGAAAGCUGUCAUCUGUUUUGCUGUCAAACUUUUGAAUUUCUGUGGAGGAUUGUAUGGAGGAUUCAGAGCAGUGUUUCUCAAACUGUGGUCUGCGGUGCUCUAGGGGACCGCGAAGUGGUUUCGGGGGGGGGGGGACUUAGUUUAAAUUUUCAUCUAUUUACAUUUUUUGUCAUUAGUUGUCAUGUCCCGUUUAGGAAUCCAAUGUAGUUCCUGUGAGACUUGGUACAAUUACUAAAGUUUGAAAACCACUGAUACAGAGUAGCACUUUAGGCACACUACUUUCUUGGAAUCCAGCAGCGUGUGCUUCGCAGCUCCAGGCCCACUCUGUUCCCAGAAAUAUUUCUCUCACACAUAUUGUGAAGCAUAAUCAAUCAGUUACAAUCUAGCAUUCAUAUCUCCAACAGCCAGUGUGUCAUUUCUCAUCUCUCAGAUCUCCAACAGCCGGCAUGUCAAUUCUUAGAAACUAAGAACUGAACAUUCCUGUUUGACAUAUUUGAAUCCGUGAAUUCAAUCGAGAUAUCGAAACAGAUAUACGCGAAAAAAAUGGCAUGAGAGUUGCACUGGCCAAAACAAAGCGUUGAAAAAUUGAAUGUGCAUUGGAUUACUAGGAUUUGUCAUUUUUCACGAAUUGUUUGUCAAAAAAUUUGAGGGCACACGAUCAAUUAAUUGAUCAUUUUGGCUCCUGGUUUGAAAUCAGGUUAUCAAAAUAGGAAAUGAUAAAAAAAAAAAUAGUAUGGGCUAACCUGCAAACAAAGUAACGCAACAAAACAACGAACGUGUCUACAGGAAGCCUUCGUUAGCGAAGAAACAACAGAAAAAACAGAAUGAUGAUUCUAAAAUCGGACAGAGAAGUAGUAUCCAAAAGGGCACACGGGGUGCUUGAGAUGUUGGCUUUGGUGGGUAUUGAACUGCCACUGAUUUAGAGUGUAAGGCUGAUUUGAGUUGUUGGAAAUGAGUUGAAAAGAGUUGAGCUGACUGCCGGGCGAUUGACUAACCACUGCAGUCCCUCUUUCGUGUGUGAUGUUAAGAACAUUUUUAUGUGCGUGUAUGACGUUGUAUGUGGGAGGGGGAGAGAGAAAGAGAGAGAGAGAAAGAAAGAGAGAGAUAGGGGGAGGGAAGAAAGAUUGAGAGAGUUUCAAAAGCUAUAUUACAAUUUUAAUUUGUAUUUUUCACAGCCUCCUUGCCUUAAGACCAUUCGGUGUCAAGCUGAAGUUUGAUUCAGGUGGGUCGCUUUUUAUUUAACAUUUAAAAAACGAAGAUGCUUUUAGACUAGAAUUUGUUCAGUUGCAUGCGCAUGUCCAAGCGGGUGGAGGGGGGGGGGCGAACGUCCAGGGAAGCAAUUGUGGUUUACAUAUAAGUAUAACAUUUAUAAAGUGUGUAUGUGUAUGUUUAUUGUGUGUGUGUGUGUUAGGGGCGCACUUCGGGUUAGGGGGACGUGAUGCUGUUUCGCGACAUUAGGUCGCAUUACGCAACUGCUGAUACCGUCAAAAUACCAUGGGGUAUUUCGGUCAUUAUAUCAAGAACUUUCCUGCUCUAUGUUUUAUUUUCUUGAUUUACGCUGCCGGAUUUUUAAGCCUUACUUGCAGCUCUAACUCUAAGCCAUGAUUGAACGAGUUUUCAUCACAACUACAUUAUUUGCACUGAAUGAAUUGAUUGGUUGCCUGUUGUGUCUUUUCAUAAACCAGAUUUCAUGCUCUAUGAGACAAGACUCGAGCGGAAAUUAUGGGGCAGGGAUGUGUUAAUUGAGAGCAUUCCUGGGGCCACCUAUGGAGUUAGAGAAUCCCAUAUAAGACAGAACUUUUGAAGAUUAGGGGGUUAGUUGAGGAAGAUAGAGAAGAGCUACGAGUUCGUUGAGGAAGAGGUAACAGAGUUACGACGUUAGUUGAGGAAGAGAGACCAAACAGCUAAGACGGAGUUGAGCAGGUGUACAGGGAAUGGUCGCAAAAGAUCAGGAAACAAGUUGACUAGUGGAACGUAGGAGAUGAGAUAGUUUAACAGUUUAGAAAGACUCGUAGAUAGCUGACCGUUAGUGAAUACUAUAGAAGAACUUUUUAUUUGAGUAAUAAAUGUAGUCUAUUUUACACCCUGGAGUGUUGUUGGAUUUCGUUCAAGUCUACGUUGUGCUUUUGUCUGUCUCAACGCCUAGAUACCCACAAUAUAAAUCACAGAGAGGAGCGGUCCUGUACUAACCACUACAAAGUCAAUAUAGUUUGUGACAAGUCAGGACUGGAGCCCUCCUCCGUAACAACCGUUCUGUCACAAUAUAUAUAUAUAUAUAUAUAUAUAUAUAGGCAUAAUAAAUUCCCCAACAACACAAAAUAGCACGAUAUAGAUUUAAAACAAGUUGUUGAGAUGUGCAUGUGAGAAAAGCCCUUUGUGUUUGAAUAGGAAGAGGGCACGUGAGGAAGACACUAGACCAGCGGUUCUCAAUCUGUGGGUCGUGACCCCUUUGGGGGUCGAAUCACCCUUUUCCAGGGGUCGCCUAAGACCAUCGGAAAACAGAUAUACUCUAUAGUUAUGAAGAAGCAACAAAAAUAAUUUUGUGGUUGGGGGUCGCCACAACAUGAGGAACUGUAUUAAAUGGUCGCGGCGUUAGGAAGGUUGAGAACCACUGCACUAGACGAUGGUGGGUUUGGGGGAUAGGGGAUAGUGAGAAAUCGCUUAGUGCGGGGUUGAGGAGAGGGUCAUAUGAGGAAAGCCUCUUGGGGGUGAAGUUUAGACAGAGGUUGAUGUGAGGUUGAUGUGAGGUUGAUGUGAGGUUGAUGUGAGUUUAAUGUGAGGUUGAUGUGAGGUUGAUGUGAGGUUGGUGUGAGGUUGUUGUGAGGUUGAUGUGAGGUUGUUGUGAGGUUGAUGUGAGGUUGAUAUGAGGUUGAUGUGAGGUUGAUGUGAGGUUGAUGUGAGGUUGAUGUGAGGUUGAUGUGAGGUUGGUGUGAGGUUGGUGUGAGGUUGGUGUGAGGUUGGUGUGAGGUUGGUGUGAGGUUGGUGUGAGGUUGAUGUGAGGUUGAUGUGUUGGUGUGAGAAAAGCCCCUAGGUGACGGUGGGGAGAGGGCCUUGUGAGAAAGUUCUUUUGUUGAUGUUAGCUGGAGGGCCAUAUUUGAAAGGCCCCAUUGGUGAUGUAGGAACUGCCUCUUUGAUUUUGUUUUGCUCGUGCCCUUGAAAUAAUGUUUAUUUACAUAUUACAAUCGAUUAUUGAUCGUUUGAUCUGUAAGGUAAUUUUUUUGUAUUCCGGUUUUUCUAGGUUAUGCUGACAGCGUCGUCUGCUAUCAAUGUAAGCAUAGUUUCCUGCAUUGGCUCGACGACGACAUUGACGACGGAGGCACUGGGCUCCUUUUCUAGAAACACAAGGAAACCUCCCCACAAUGCAACGUGCUCGUCUCUAUUGAGUAAGGGCAACAAAGACCAUUUCAAACACCUUGUUUCAGUAUUAAAAUAAAUAUUUGAAAAUCAUUCGCUUCAGCUUGACCAUCUUCUACUGUGUCUUCCUG